UCCCGUUAUCUUCUCGAGAGUUUUGCAGACAUAUUUGGAAACACAGGGUAAACAACGUGAAACUUGACCAAAACAAUCGACCAUCAUCCUGCAAAUUGAAACAGAAAGGAACUUAUCUGUGUGUAAAUUCGGGAAGUAAACAUGCCGGCUGCUCCAAAGCAGAAGUCUGGUGCUAAAAGUACUGGAAACACUGGUGGAAAAAAAUCUGAGUAUCAGGAUAAAGAGAAACCUACUCAGAUACGAUUUAGUAACAUUAAUGCUGCUAAAGCGGUGGCAGAAGCUGUGAGGACGAGCUUGGGGCCACGUGGCAUGGAUAAAAUGAUCCAGGCUGCCAAUGGAGAUGUGACAAUUACAAAUGAUGGUGCAACUAUAUUGAAGCAGAUGCAAGUUUUACACCCUGCAGCAAAAAUGCUGGUGGAGCUGUCUCAUGCACAAGAUGUUGAGGCUGGGGAUGGAACCACAUCUGUUGUGGUCAUUGCUGGAAGUCUCCUAGAGGCCUGUGCCAAGCUGUUGGCCAAAGGUAUUCACCCAACAAGCAUUUCCGAGUCAUUCCAAAAUGCUGCAGAGAAAUCCCUGGAGAUUCUGGGAGAAAUUAGUACACCAUUAGAGCUGUCUGACAGAGAUUCACUGUUAAAGAGUGCUUCAACCUCUCUGAAUUCCAAGGUGGUUUCACAGUACUCGAGUCUUCUGUCACCAUUAGCUGUGGAUGCUGUGAUGAGAGUGAUAGAUCCUGCCACUGCUACUAAUGUGGAUCUCAGAGACAUCAAAAUUGUUAAACGACUAGGUGGGACCAUUGAAGACACAGAACUCAUUGAUGGUUUGGUAUUCAACCAAAAAGGAGGGGGACAGGGAGGUCCAAACAAAGUGGAGAAGGCCAAGAUUGGGCUCAUACAGUUCUGUAUCUCUCCUCCAAAAACUGAUAUGGACAAUUCUGUCAUUGUGUCAGACUAUGCACAAAUGGACCGUGUUCUAAGGGAAGAGAGGCAAUACAUUCUGGAUAUUAUUAAAAAGAUUAAAAAGGCAGGCUGCAAUGUACUGCUUAUACAGAAAUCAGUUCUAAGAGAUGCUGUUAGUGACUUGGCUCUUCAUUUUCUGGCAAAAAUGAAAAUUAUGGUUGUUAAGGAUAUAGAAAGGGAAGAUAUUGAAUUCAUCUGUAAGAGCAUAGGAUGCAGACCUGUUGCUAGCUUAGAUCACUUCUUACCAGAGAAUCUUGGAAGUGCUGACCUUGUAGAAGAAGUUCAGACUGGUUCAAGUAAAAUUGUCAAAAUAACUGGAAUAGCAAAUCCUGGAAAGACAGUGACAGUAUUAAUACGAGGGUCCAACAAACUAGUGCUGGAGGAGGCGGACAGGUCCAUCCAUGAUGCUUUGUGUGUCAUCAGAUGUCUGGUCAAGAAAAGGGCAUUAAUAGCUGGUGGAGGAGCUCCUGAAAUAGAACUCUCUCUGAGGUUAAAUGACUAUGCCAACACUUUGACAGGAAUGGAGCAGUAUUGCUUCAGAGCUUUUGCUGAGGCUUUGGAAGUCAUUCCCAUUACUCUGGCAGAAAAUGCUGGUCUGAAUCCCAUAGCCACAGUCACCGAACUGAGAAAUAAACACGCUGAAGGGGAGAGAACUGCUGGUAUCAAUGUUAGAAAGGGAGCCAUCACUAACAUUUUAGAGGAGAAUGUUGUUCAGCCUUUAUUGGUUAGCACUAGUGCUAUUCAUCUAGCAACAGAGACUGUUAAAAGCAUUAUGAAAAUUGAUGAUAUUGUCAACUGUGCAGGAUAAAGAUUAAAAGGACAAUCAAUUAUAACUUUUUUAAGGAUGAAUUCUAAUACACUGCCCUCUGUCAAUGUUAUUUAUUGUUCAGUCGGACAUUAGGAGCUGCAGAAUGUACUUAUAAAAUCCUGAGUGAAUGUGAAGUGACUACUUUGUGGAAGUGAUCCAAUAUAACCCUUUGUAUACAAAUGCUUUCAAUAACAUUGAACAAAUUUAUAAUAAAAAAUGAAUAAUUCA